CAUACAUUCAACAAUUCUUACUCAACACUCAACACUCACCACAUGGUACAGGACUUCCACAACAUUAAAUACCAUGUCCUAAAAUCAAUCAUAGGACUUAGUAAAAUUUUCCACUCCUAAACAUGUUUCCUCACUUGCACAUUGGUGUUUUAGCAUUCCCUUUCGGCACACACGCCGCUCCACUGCUCGCCCUAGUCCGGAGACUAUCCGCCUCUGCUCCAAACACUCGAUUUUCCUUCUUUAACAGCACUGUUUCCAACAGUACGCUUUUCAGCGAACGUGUAUCAGACUCGUACGAUAAUAUUCGAAAAUAUGAUGUGUGGGAUGGAACGCCGGAGGGUUUCUCUGGAAGUCAUUUCGAGGCCGCCGGGCUGUUCCUUAACGCGUCGCAGGGUAAUUUUGAGAAGGCUAUUGGAGAGGCUGAAGAGGAAACUGGUAUGAAAAUAUGCUGCCUUGUUACUGAUGCAUUUUUGUGGUUUGGUGGUGAUUUGGCUGCAAAAAGAGGAAUCCCAUGGGUGCCGUUUUGGACAGCUGCCUCGUGCUCUCUCUCUGGGCAUGUUUACACCGAUGAAAUCUUAAAGGUUGUGAGAUCAACAGAUGUUGCAGAAACAGCGGAACGAGAACAAACUCUAGCUUUUAUCCCUGGAUUAUCAAAGGCACGUCUCAGUGAUCUCCCUCCGGAGAUUUUCUUAGAACAAAAUCCAUCACCACUGGCUCUAUCAAUCAACAAAAUGGUCGAAAAUCUUCCAAAAUCCACUGCUAUAGUCCUAAAUUCUUUCGAAGAAAUUGACCCUCAGAUUACAACUGACCUGAAAUCAAAAUUCCAGCAUUUUCUCAACGUUGGCCCGUCAAUUCUUUCGUCCCCCGUCCCGCCAACCCCUGAUGACAAAACAGGAUGCCUGGCGUGGCUGGAAACACAAAAUAGGCCGAAAUCAGUGGUGUAUAUAAGCUUCGGGACCGUGAUUACACCCCCCGAAAAUGAACUAGUUGCACUGGCAGAAGCCCUGGAAACCUGUCAAUUCCCGUUUCUUUGGUCACUGAACAACCAGGCGAAGAAAUCCCUGCCAGAAGGAUUUCUCGAGCGCACAGAUAAAAUCGGGAAGAUUGUCCCAUGGGCUCCUCAGUUGCAAGUUCUUGGACAUACUAGUGUUGGAGUCUUCGUCACACACUGUGGCUGGAAUUCCAUCCUGGAAAGUAUUUGUAGCUGCGUGCCGAUGAUUUGCAGGCCGUUUUUCGGGGAUCAGAAGCUGAACGGGAGAAUGGUGGAGGAGUCCUGGAAGAUUGGCGUGAGGGUUCACGGAGGAGUCUUCCAGAAAAGUGAAACGAUCGAGGCUUUCAAUUAUAUACUGAGGAGUGAGUCAGGAAAAGUGAUCAGGGAAAAUGUUAAUCAGCUCAGAGAGAAAGCUGGAAAUGCAGUUAAAUUGGAGGGGAGUUCAACUAAAAAUUUCAAGAAGUUGCUGGAAAUAAUCAGUGUCCCGAAGGGCAGUAAUUAGGCAGAAGAGACUGAGUUGAUUGACAUAAAUCCAUGCAAUGCCUUUUGCUUAUGGAGAAUUAAAGUAUUAUUGUUGUUGUUUUUAUCCACCGCAAUGAUUAUAUAUAAAUAUAAAACCCCUAGAAAAAAAAA